ACGAGUGCCACAAAAAUAUGGUCGUCGUUUGGAAAAGUUUGUACAAUUGAAAGUUAGCGUUAAGAUGAACAUUACGGCGAACGGGAGAGCGGCGAGGAGAACGUAGGAAACGGAAGUGUGAAACGCGCGGAUGUUGCAGAAGUUUAAUGCACAGUCAAUUCCGCUUGAUAGUAACCAAUCAGACGGCACAGAUCUAUAUGCUUCUCUCCCCCGAUCUCUCUCUUGCGGCGUGCCAGAGAUAUUCAAUUGAAAUAGUUGCGUUCUGCCGCGCGUCGCGUCUUCGCGCUAUACACGUCGUGUUAUCAUUCGCACGAGUUAAAACUACGUCAGCAUGAACAGCAAGAGUGCAUUACUAGUGCAACGCUGGAUUCUCCAGCCGCGCGUGUUGCUCGUUCUCGUUUUGCUACAAUUUAUCAUUCAGUUUUUCACGUCCGUCUAUCUGUAUAAGUAUAUCACGAACGUGGAGAGUGAUCUUCAUCGAGUAAAAAGCCUGUAUCCGCCGGAGGCUGUGGCUGUUCCACGGCGAAGACGCAGCAGCGCGUUGCCGACCUCCGAAGACAAUGCCGUUUCGGAUAUAGCCAGUCGGAUCCGAGAUGACAAGGAGAUACAAGGUACAAAGAAGGUAACCGCCUCCCCGAUGGUAUCCGGCUCCGCGUCCUCGCCAACGAUAGCCGGAGGUCAGGAUUGGGUCUGGUUGAACGCCGACACACGAAUACAAUUCGACGCGAUCGAGAAUUUUUGCCGUUCAUCAGCAAAAUAUUGUCCACCGGGUCUCCCCGGCGCACCCGGAAAUCCAGGUCCUCCUGGCGAACAAGGUUUGCCGGGUGUCCCAGGGAUGGAAGGUCUGAGAGGACCGCCAGGACAGCCCGGUCAUCCUGGUGCCAGAGGACUUAAGGGUGAUAUCGGUCCGCCAGGCUUCGACGGGAGAGAUGGGGUGCCAGGUGAGCCUGGUUUGGACGGCAUUCCCGGUAGAAGUGGUUUGGACGGUGUACCCGGGAGCAACGGUAAGCCAGGCGCAAACGGAUUGCCUGGAUCGCCUGGAAGAAACGGAACAGACGGAAGACCAGGGCAAAUGGGACCUCAAGGACCACCAGGAUCUCGCGGAGAUAUAGGUCCACCUGGUCAUCCAGGAGCACCUGGAAAGGAUGGCAAAUCAGGCAUACAGGCAUAUAAAAUAAACAUGAACGAUUACAACGAGAAUGACAUAUUAAUACCGCCAUCCAUCGUAGAGAUUACAUCGUCGUUAAAUUCAAGUGGUGUGAUUUCCGUGCAAGAAGGCAGCAAAAUACGGCUGAGAUGUGCCGCGAGUGGGAAACCUCAGCCUGUUAUACAAUGGACGAAAAUAGACGGUUCCAUGAUACCGAUGGGCCCUUGGCAUGUGAGCUCAGUUACGGGCCAUACGUUCAAUAUCAGUCUGGUGAACCGGGAACAUAUGGGCGACUAUGUGUGCAAUGCUGAUAACGGAAUACCUCCGGCACGAUUUAAGAGGUUCAAGCUUCAAGUCAAAUUUGCGCCAUUCAUUCGUAUACGCAACCAAGUGGUACUUGUACGAAACCAAAAUCCAGCGACAUUGGAAUGCGAGGUGGAAGGCUUUCCCGAGCCGGUGGUAUACUGGGAACGCAGUGAUGGUCGCCGCCUGAAAAUGUCGGAUAAAUACAGAACGGAGGUUUACGACAGGCGUGAUAAUUACAAGCUGAAGAUGAAGCUGAGAAUCGCGAGGGUGACUACGUCGGAUCAUGGGACUUACCACUGCGUGGCAAAAAACGAUUUUGACACCGUCAAGGGAUCCUUUAUAGUCGACGACGACAUAAAAGACGUCGAGAAAUACAAAUCAGGAAAGGAGGAGCACGUAACAUAUGGUCAUCCUAUGCCCAUGAGCGUCGAUCAGGAGCAAGAAUUGUGCAUCCCUACGCAAGAAACCUGCACAACGUGCCCAAAGUGCACAUACACAGAUAUAAUAGACCAUCUGCAUGUUCAACCGUUGAGCGAUAUUAAUAUUACGCGACCGCCGCCGCGGUCAACUGAAGGUUUUAUAGAGGCUAUAGGAAAACCUGUGCUGAAAGGAAACAUGGACGAUCACUACGGAAGUUGGAUGCAUGACGCGUCCAACGAUAUCAUGCCCGACAGACUUUGGGUUACUCGCCACAACGAUACAUCCUACAUCUAUGAAUACAAAUCAAAGGAAGACUUCAAGAACAAUACGGCGCUUAAUGAGAUAAAAUUACCCCAUCCUUUUCAGGGUAACGGACAUGUAGUUUACGAUAAAUCGUUUUUCUACAAUCCCAUUAAUCGACCGACGGUCCUUCGAUACGAUCUCUACGCGUCCUCGGAUCAUCAAAGGUGCAAGCAGCUCUCUCCCGAAUGCGAGAUGCAGCUUCCAUGUUUAGAGAUCGAUGGCCAAAACUACCUUUACACGCGCAAUUUUACCUACACGGAUUUCAACGUAGAUGAAAACGGUUUGUGGGUCAUUUACCCAUUAUCCCCUAAUUGUAGUGGUAAAAAUACGGUGGUAGUGAAAAUGGAUCCCACUAAAAUGAUCAUUCAGUACGCGUGGAAUAUCAGUAUCGAUCACCGUCGCUUUGGAGAGAUGUUUAUUGCAGGAGGCGUGCUUUAUGCUAUACGCAGUGUCACCGAUGAUACUAUGGAGAUACGAUUCGCCUUUGAUCUCUACAAAAAUACGACGCUGGAUGUAAAUUUAUCAUUUACGAAUCCAUAUCACAAAACCACAGCAGUUAGUUAUAAUCAUAAAACUAAGGAGUUGUACACGUGGAAUAAAGGCAACCGAUUAGCCUAUCCCGUGAAAUGGCAGGAGGUAACUGAGAGGGAACCAUCUUCACGAUACACGCAUGUACCUCGAAGAAACGCACGUAGGAGCAUCAGUAAUCGCCGCGAGAAUGUUAAUUAAACAAGUUUGACGUGUAACGAGUUCUCUCCCUUCGAGCCUUCUCGCGAGCGUAUUUAUCUUGUAACACGUGCCAAAAAUAAAACAGUUUAAACGAGA